AGCUCUACCACAGCUGUUAUUGAAACUACAACCUCAGUGCCAGGUGUUACAACAACAAGCCCUGAAACGACAGUUCUGACAUCAAAACCUUCUGUUGUUAACACAACUAUUAAUGUACCUUCACAAACAUCUACAGUAUCCACAACCAAAUCUGUAGAGACAACAGCAUCAGAAAAGACAACAUCUUCAGAAAAGACAACAGCAAAGAUUGUGACGACAAUACCUCCUAAAGAAGUCACCACUGGCCCAGUAACAAGCUCUACCACAGCUGUGGUUGAAACUACAACCUUAUUGCCAGGUGUUACGACAACAAGUCCUGAAACAACAGUUGUGACAUCCAAACCUUCUGUUGUUACCACAACUAUUCAUGUACCAUCAGCAAUAUCUACAGAAGCCACAACCAAAUCUGUAGAGACAACAGCAUCAGAAAAGACAACAUCAUCAGAAAAGACAACAGCAAAUAUUGCAACAACAAUACCACCCUCAGAAGUUACCACUGGCCCAGCAACAAGCUCUACCACAGCUGUGGUUGAAACUACAACCUCAGUGCCAGGUGUUACAACAACAAGACCUGAAACAACAGUUGUGACAUCCAUUCCUUCUGUUGUUACCACAACUAUUAACGUACCUUCACAAACAUCUACAGUAUCCACAACCAAAUCUCUAGAGACAACAGCAUCAGAAAAGACAACAUCUUCAGAAAAGACAACAGCAAAGAUUGUGACGACAAUACCACCAAAAGAAUUCACCAGUGGCCCAGUAACAAACUCUACCACAGCUGUUAUUGAAACUACAACCUCAGUGCCAGGUGUUACAACAACAAGCCCUGAAACGACAGUUGUGACAUCAAAACCUUCUGUUGUUACCACAACUAUUAACGUACCUUCACAAACAUCUACAGUAUCCACAACCAAAUUUCUAGAGACAACAGCAUCAGAAAUAACAACAUCUUCAGAAAAGACAACAGCAAAGAUUGUGACGACAAUACCACCUAAAGAAGUCACCACUGGCCCA